AAUGUCAUCCAGGUACAUCAAAUUCCCAUACAAUGCUGUUGAACAGGCCCACAUUAAAGCGCAAUUUGCAGCAACAGCCGGUUUCCCUAAUGUAAUCGGAGCUGUUGACUGCACACAUAUUGCCAUAAAAGCGCCAUCACAGGAUGAAUUUGUUUACGUCAACAGGAAACACUUUCAUUCUAUCAAUGUCCAAGUCAUAUGUGAUGCGCAAAUGCAGCUUCUUAACAUCGUGGCAAGGUGGCCUGGUUCAACGCACGAUUCAUUCAUUCUGACCAACAGCAUGGUUGGGAACAGGCUGGAGGCUGGCACUGUGCGCGAUGGGUGGCUUCUGGGGGACCGUGGCUACCCCCUAAGAACGUGGCUGAUGACCCCUCUUACAAACCCCAACACCGACCAAGAGAGGAGGUAUAAUGACCUCCAUUCCCGGACGAGAAUAAUUGUGGAGAGGGCAAUCGGCCUGCUGAAGGGACGGUGGCGAUGCCUGGACAGGUCGGGGGGGAUGCUACUGUACAGACCUGAGAAGGUGUGCCACAUUUUGAUGGCCUGUGGCGUCCUCCACAAUGUGGCACACCGCCAUGGCAUACCACUGCCAGAGCAGCACAACCCCCCACUGGAGGAACCGGAUGCCGGACCCGUCAACUGCAACCCACCCCGAGGAGCCAUACGGGCCCGGCAGAAUGUGAUUUCAAGCAUGUAAAGAGGCAAGGACAGAAUUGACUUUGACACAAGUGUAUUUAUUGACGCGCUUAUGUCACUGAGUACAUUCAUAAGCCGAUCAAGGCGAUCAUUAAUGCCACCGAUGGCUCUGACGAUUUCUGCCUGUGACUCCAGCACAGCUCGGGUGAGGACACGGCCGGUCGGGUGGUCAGCAGAUGAAUUCGAGGCGCCGCGUGCAGCGGAGCCGGUGGAGAAACCGGAGUCAGCGGUGACGCUGGAGACGCCGGGGCCGACGGAGGAGACGCCGGGGCCGACGGAGGAGACGCCGGGGCCGACGGAGCAAGACGUGCCCUCUCCUUGCUUGUCUAUUCAAAAAUAAAAAAUGUAAGUUA